CAAACCGGUACGUCCGGCUCCGUCUCUCGGAGGAGAAGCUGGCACAUAUUUGUGCUGUGGGUCCAGAAGAGGUUUUUCAGUCCUGCCAGCCGCCGUGACAGGAGAUCAAACCCUCCGGUGUCGGACGAGGACCACAGCUGGUCAUCCACUGAACAGACUUGGAUUACGUGACUUCCCAACCUGCAUCUCUUUCCUCCCAGACGUCAUCAUGAGUAAGUUGGUGAUCUCCCAACCUCAGCCCGUCAUGGAGUCCCGGGAGUCCCAGGAGUGGAGCUCGGGGGUGUGCGACUGCUUCCAGGACGUCCCCCAGUGCUGCUUCGCGUUCUGGUGUUUCCCCUGUUUCGCCUGCAUCAACUCCAGGAAGUUUGGCGAGGCUCUCUGCCUCCCCCUGCUGGAGAUGUUCUUCGGAGGCAGCAUCCCGCCCAUCACCUUGGCCACCAGGGUCUCCAUGCGACACAGAUAUGGCAUCAAAGGAACCAUCUGUGUGGACUGCGUUUACUCCACCUUCUGCACGCCGUGCGUCUGGUGCCAGAUGGCCCGCGAGAUGAAGAGAAGAGAGAUUUCAGUCGUAAUGAUCAACGCCAAAACCACAUGACCUCAACGCCACAGCAGCCAGGAAACGAGAAACAGAAGACUUUUAAUGAAGGAACUUUAGCGUCGGAAGCAGAAUUUGAUCAUGACUAUGUCAUAAAAAUGCAGCAGAACCAAGAAAAUCUCUUUUCAGAUGAACUGAUUAGUUAAAAAAAAAGAAACAAUAAGCUUUUAAAAAAAAUGAAAUGUUUUGAUUUAUUUUUUCAUCAAUUUAAAAUAAAGAAGCAAAAACCAAA